AUGAAGAGGAAAAGAACGAACGAAAGUGGUGAAAGAACGGAAAAAGAUAGACUCAGUGAUUUACCAGAUGAAGUUCUUCAACACAUAAUGGAGUUUUUACCCACAAGACAAGCUAUUCAGACUUGCGUGUUAUCAAAACGAUGGAAGAAUCUUUGGAAAGGCAUCACCACUUUGCAUUUCAGAUGCACGAAUGGAAUUCGCAAAUACAACAGAUAUAUUAUUCAUGUUCUCUCUAAUCGAUAUGAUUCUAUUUCCCUUCGCAAUAUGAAUUUUAGAGUGUUCAGUUCUACUGCACCGAAAGUGAUGAACAAAGCCAUUGAAUACGCUUCAUUGCACAAUCUCCAGGAGUUGACACUGAUCAUCAUGGAUAUCAAGUUCAAAGAAAUACCCAGUUCUUCCCUUCCCUUUGUUUUCAAUUGCAAAUCUUUAACCUCGCUUAACCUUUACGCCCGUUCCUCUUCCUCUCCCUUGAUAUUUCCACCAUAUCUUCCGCUACCGUUUUUGAAAACCUUGCAUCUCUCCAAUGUCACAUUCAAACCGAGAGAUGACAAUAACGUCGAACCCUUUUCAGGGUGCACUUCGUUGACCACUUUGGUCCUUGAACAUUCCAUGCGUACCAAUUCAUCAUACACUCUUUGCAUAUCAAACCCUACCAUUUCCAUUUUGAGAAUGCAAAGCAUAAUCUAUUGGCAUACUUUUCAGCCCAAAAUUGUUCUUUCUCUUCCUAAACUCACUUCAAUCACACUCGAGAAUAUUCACUUUCCCGUCUGCUAUAAACUCACAUGCACUUGUGAUCUUCCUCUCCUUAAGGAAGUGAAAAUCGACAACCGUGUUCAUGUAGAUUCUUCCAUCAUCGUGAAUUGGUUACAAAUGUUCUCUAACGUAAGAACGUUGAUAAUUUCAUCUCGUACCCUAAAGGAUUUACAUCUUGAUCCACUGGAAAUUCAACCUCCCUACUUUGCUAGAUUGGAAUUAUUCAAAAUCGAAAUGGAUUCUAGAACUGUGCUAUCUAAAGGUGCUUUAACCAAAGUAGUGGAUUACUUCCUACGAAAUUGUCAAAGGAGAAAUGUUAAUGUGAGUGCUGACAGUUAUGGCCAUGUUUGUAGUUUUAUAUUGUAA